AUGGAGUGCAUUGAUUUCAUCUCCAGAAUUCAUCAAAGCCCACCUCAAAUAUUCUUCCAACUGGGAAGAUUGUGCUCACACCAGCUUCUUUUUCGGCGUUAUGCUCCCCUUGUGUUGGGCUUGGGGUUCAAGGCCAAAGAAACUAGGCUCUCCCUUCUUGCGCCUGUGUUGUUUGAUGGGCGCAACAACACUACCCUUGAGUCCAUUGCCCUACCGCCUUACAACCUUGUGGGAUGUGCUAAUGGACUUGUCUGUGUUUACAUAAACGCGGAUCUCUUUUUCUGGAACCCUGUCAUUAGGAAGUUGAAGAAGUUGCCUACAUUGAUUGAUGCUAAACCAAAGAAAGGGAAGUACUGCGAAACCUUUUUCGCGUAUAAUGAGACCGAUGAUGAUUAUCAAGUUUAUAUAAUCACGUGUCGGGAUUCGGGUUCUGUGGAUGAAAGAUUAGCAAAAUCGUUGAUUAUCAACAACGGCUUAUCUAAUCUCUGCUUAGGUUACAGUGAAUUUGCCUGA